UCAAGUUUGUAACUAAGCAUACGAAUGUUACGAAGGUUAAGACAAGAACGCCAAUAGUUCCUAAGAAGCAAUUCUUCUUGAAGCUGAAAUUUAAAAGUGACAUUGCCAAUGAGAUCAUCACACAGCGCAUAAAAAGAGUCCUGCAGGAAGCAUUCCUAGCCACUAAGUUAUGUCCCAUCUUCUACAACCGUGCGAUUUUAGGCACAAGUAAUAAAGAUAAACUCCCUGAUUUUACCACUUUUAUAUGCAUUUAUCAGUUCAGCUGCUCCUGUGGGCUAGUUACAUUGGGCGUACAAUGAGGCAGGUCAGUUGUCGAAUUUCUGAGCACCACCCAUCAUGGUUGAGCAAGGGACAAUUUAGAACAAUAAUAAGCUCCAAACUUGCACACGUAGUUGACACAGGACAUCAAGUUGAUACUAGAAAAGCUUUCAAAAUCCUUCAUCAGAUUCCAAUUAAUUUACCACAUGGAUUACGCACUCGGUUUCUUCAUUUAGCAGGGGCGACUGCAAUCCACUUUUACAAACCUGACCUUUGUAUUCAAAAGAAGUUUGUUCGACCACUUUCAUCACCGUGACCGUCAACAUAAUGUAACGUCUAGUAUUACUUUGUGCACC